AUGUGUGUUACUAAGUGUGAUCCUUUAACUGGCUGCAGGGCUGAAGAAAAAUGUCUUUGCGAUGGCGACUGUGGGUAUAGUUGUGUAAAGAGAGGUAAGCUUACUAUUUGAUAGCUACCAGUAGGAAUGUUGAAGAAAAAAAAAAAGAAGAGAUUAUAACGAGAUUUCACAUUUUUUCAGGCUUCAUUUCUGCAAUUGCUAAAAUUGCAGCUCAAUUUUUAAAAUUUUGCCUCUCUAUGAAUCUAAAUCCGCAGAUCAAAAUAAAUUUGUUCACAACAAAUGUGCAUCGCUCCCAACAUCAACGUGGGGCUUCAUUGCUCAGUCGGUGGUACUGCCCAAAUUUUGUCACGGUUCUUUUCUGCAAUUAAUAAAGUUGAUCUCAUUUGCAAGGAUCAUGGUUUUGAUGUAAAAGUAUUAUUGCCGCCAAAAAUUCGUUAAGCGCCUUGUAUUAAUAAUUUGCACUUUUUCCCCGUUGUCAUGUCUUCAUUUAGUCCUCUUGUUCAGCGUGCACAACUGUCAUCAAUAUUCUGUUACUUUUUUUCUUGCAUAAUUUUUGUCAGUUCAAAACGCUCGUACCAGCUCUUUACCGUUGAUUUAUGUCAUUCGCAUCUAUCGUUCUAACCAUUCAAAUGCCUUUGUCGAUUGCUUUCACAUCGUUUUCAAUUCGCCGAUUAGUUCCUGAUCUCGCACAAUGAUCGUAAGUGUCUUUGUUUGCUCUCUGGUUUUGUCAAUUUCUUUAUUUAUAAUCGUAAUAACUUGUAAUUUAUCUGUUUGAGCAGUGUAGUAACGGCUUCAAUUCGAUUUACUUCGCUUCAAUUCGCUUAACUUCACUUCGCUUCGUUUCUUGGUAGUGAACGAAGGGAUGCGUUUCACAUGUAAUUAACGAAUGUUUUGGCCUCUCCAUGUAUGCAGUCUUAAACAAAGCAAAGUUGCGAAUUUUAACAUGAGCGCAUCGAAGUUUUGCACAGAAAACUUUGAUUUGAUUCACCCAAAAUCCUAAGCAGCCAGUGGAGAGAGGCAUCGCUUUGUAUGGAUCCUGGCAAAUUUUUGGUGUCUGCGCAUUUUGGUUAUCUGAUGCUGCUAACUUAUUAAUUAAAGUACUAAAAGAUUUUCCGUGAUAGCCUGAAAUACCAUCCAAGAGGAGUGACAGUAACUUUCGUGGCAUCAUACUCCGGGAAAGUGACACUCGCUGACAUACUCCGACAUCAAUGACUUGUUUAGACUCCUGAUCUUUUUACCUACAUAUCACCCUUUACGUAAAAUUGAAUUGUAUCUACUACUGAUUAUCCUGAGACGAAGUAACUCGGAGAAAAAGUCAACAAGGGCUGGAAUGGGGUAUCCAAAGUACCCUUGUAAGAUCAAAUUUCAGUUGUUAUUAGUAAGCUCAAAAUGUUUGUGUCGCUUCACUAUCUAUCUUUGUUGUUUGCUUUCGAACAGAUUUAUCCUGCGGAAGGCCACCACGGGUGUCCAACGCUCGACCUCAGUACCCAGCCACUAAUUUCAGUUCCGUUGUUACUUACGUUUGUAACGAGGGUCACACAUUGUCCGGAGCAGCCAAGAGAACCUGCCGGGCAAAUGGCAGGUGGGACGGCGUGGGACCUAACUGCUGUGAGUAUCGGCUAGUACGGUGUGUCCUCAUCGAUUUUGCUGCCUUGAAAUUAAUAUUUUUUCCAUUAUUUCUUUUCAGUAAAAAUGUGUUCUUUACCAACAAUUCCAUUUUCUACGUACAUCGCAAAGCCCGUAAAUUACACCCGGAAAUACAGGACUGGUGAGAGAAUAACUUUGGCCUGCAAAAAAGGGUUUAAAAAGAAACCGGGCGGUAAUCCUGUAAGAAUCUGCAUCAGCGGGUUGUGGACUCGAUUUCCGUUUCAGUGCGAAGGUAAGGUCGACUAAAAAUCGUAUCUCCGCAAGGUAAUUUAAUAUUAUGAACUCAGUUGAUUAUAGCAAAUUACCUUCUUAUACUCUCUCACCGACCCAGCACCACAGUUUCUUUAGAAACAACCCCGUUUAUUCUUAUCUCCGCAGUUGAGGAGGCCAUAUAAUAUCAGGUUAACAUGGCCGUGGUACAGACAGAUAAAUUAAUCUUUGAUUCAAACGAAAAAAAAAUUAAAUCUUUGGCUGACAAAUACCAAAAUGGGAAGAAUUACCCGGAAAAGAACUGAAUGCUUGCUUAUGCGUGAGAAAGACUUACAUAGAUUGCAAAUGAACAAGUUCAAAGAUCACCAGCUUCUGUUUUUUUCCCCUUCAUGGAUGGGAGUGGGAUAAUGAGGCAUGAAAUUUUUGUGAGACAGGUAGGAAACCAGCAACCAGAUAUUAAACCAUCGGAAACAACAAUGACAAAGGCGCACAUAACAACGAUAGUAAAACUAGAACUUGAAUCCUUCAUGUGUUUCAUUUUAGAUUGUACUAUUUUUUCCUGUAUGUAUGCUAAAAAAUAGACUAAUAUAUAUAUAUCAUAUAGUAAUAUAUUACAUGUUCCUAUCAAGUAACUGGUCCGUGUGUGUGGACAUGUGUUUAGGUACCCACGCGUGUAAAAGAACCAUCCGAGCCCCCAGAACUAAAUGCACACAAGAGUGUAGUCCUCAAAGUGGGUGUGAUUCAGAUAAAUACAAGUGCCUUUGUGAUGGAAGUUGUGGGUUCAGUUGCGUGGAAAUAGGUAAGUUAUAACUUUGUGAUCAGGUAAAAGAAAAUAGCCUUGUAUUCCUGAUAGCCAGUGAAGCGGCAACUCUCACAUGACUAUGAAGUCGCUAAAGUGACUAUUGAGGUGUGUCAGUCCACGGUUAGACAAGGAGAUCGGUCACGAAAGUUGGUAAUAAAAAGGAAUAUAGAAACUUCGGUGUUGCUCUAUGUUGGGGAGCUCUUUCAGCAUCCACAUUUUUUUAGACUCAUUUAACGGCUGAAUGAAAAUGGGACUUUACCAUUGAUCAGCUAAUUUGGCGUGACGAAAUGGUGUGAAACGUUUUGGACGUUCAGGUACAAAAAAAGGGUGAACAAAGAACAAUGAUCGGUCCAGUUGAGUUUAAGUUGAAUUUCUGAGUUGGAAAAAUGUAUUUGUUAUUUAAAUCUGCGAAUGAAAGAGGCACGUGAAUCUUGAGAAUCUGUUGGAAGUUCGAAGGGACGUAUUAGCAUAAAAAUAUGAAGAGGUAAAUGUUCCAAAACUCCUGUUCAGUUCAUCAGAGGGGAACGUACGUUGGUUGUUUCGACAUGGAAAGGAAUGUAGUGUCUAUCGAAUGUAAGAUUAUUGGUUUUUUUUAUUUUAAGAAUCUUUGAAGUUUUCAUUUGAGUGAUAAUUGGUACUCUUCUGAGCUCUUUCAUUUUAGUUUCAUCUCUUUUCUUUUCUCUGUUAUACGCCAUUCGCCGUGAGAGUUUCUUACACAGGUUAUCUGAAUCAGCCGUUCCACUUUUGUGGCAUUCUGUCUACACAUUCGGUGUCUGUAUGUACGCCGGGUUUGUAUCGCGUAAAUGUUAGCUGAACUAGCGCAUAGAACUGAAUGAUUUGUGGUUUCAUAUUUUUUUUUGGUCCUAAACCAUCAAACAGGAAUGUCUUGCGGAAAUCCACCGUCAAUCAGCAAUGGCAACCUCGUUUACAAUGACACAAGUUACAACUCAACCGCUCAUUACUCCUGCAAUGAAGGAUACAAUUUGAAUACAGCUCCAGUCAAGAGAUGUACUGCUAAGAAACGCUGGGAAGGCCUUACUCCUAGAUGCUGUGAGUACACUUUUGCAGUGCGAAGUUCGUGUAGGCUUAAUUGUUGAUCCAUCCUGUGGGGGGACUGCCCUAUCUAGGCUUUACGGCUACAUGCUGUCAUAUUAUAUCGAAAGUGAUGAUUCAUAGGUAUAGGGUAUGCAAUUUAGCCUCAAUCAAAUCUUUCUUUCUGAGUCUAAGAACUAAAUUGUUGUUGGACGUUGGCUAUUUGCGCUCUAUUUAACUCCCGAUUUAGACCUUUGUUCCUUUAUAUGCAUGUAUUAGAGCCUUCCUGAUCUCGCUUUUGAGAGAAAAUUAUAUUGUCUUGACGAAUGUUAACGAGACCAAUAGGGGUGGGCUAAUUGACACGCAUACAAACGGAUAACAAUAACGCCCAGCCAAAAGGGGUGACAAAAUUCAAGAGAGACGUAAGCAAGUAAGCCUUGAUUUUUAUCUCGAAAAUACAGUCCGAAAAUCGAAACGUCAUCGACCAAACGUCCAUCAUGGCCAUUGCUACUGAACCAGAAAUAUGCUUAUCGGAUUUGGACGCUUCUGUUCCGAAUUUGCAUGCACUCUGCAAUCAGAAUUUGUACGGCGCCAUCCGAUUUGGAACAGAUGGCUUUGAAUGGAUUGAAAGAUUCUCAUUUAGGCUGAUCAGUUGGUAUCUUUCUUGCUAAUUUUUCAGUGCAAGACUGCAAACCCCCAACUAUUCCUAGAAACGCGAACAUUUCAAAUCCGAGCAAAAAAUACCAUUCUGGUUAUAAAGUCACAUUCAAAUGUAAUGAAGGUUACAACCAGGAAGGGAUGGCGACUCAAAUGUGUUUCCUUGGUUCGUGGACCGUGUUGCCUUUCAAAUGUACAGGUGGGUCAUUCUGAGCAGACUGGUAGUUUUUCAUAUUCAGGGCUUAUCACUACAAACCACAAACCGACGUAUGUUUCGGAAUCUAUCACAGGCAAUGUCAACCUCUAAACAAUUAACAAAGUUUCAAUUAAUCUACCACAGCAAAAACAUAAAAUUUGAAAUUUAAAAAAAAGGCCUCCGAGUUUCAGAGAUCGCCCACACAUUUUGUGCGUUGUUAUGGUCAUCUCUCUAAAUAAAAUUUUUUUGUGCAGAUUUAGCAGAUUAGAGAUAAAAUAUGGAGAGCCACUUUUUUAAAUGAUUAUUUUUGGUCUCUGUGAUACUUAAAUAUACAAACUUUGUUAAUCCUUUUAAGUAAAAUGCCAAAAACCAAGACGAAUGUAUCGGCCUUGUAGUUUUGCCCUGGAUAUCUCCUAGUUACGCUACUUCCCCAUGGACUUGUGGAUUUAUUUCCGUGUCUCACGAUUAUUUUGCUCUCAGGGGACAUCUAUCGUAGAAGAACUGUAACUGUAGAAUAUCUCGACCUUACGUUUGUUCCUAGAUCAUACCGGCGGUUAUAAUUCCACCGCGUGUUGAAUUUUUUCACAUUUUAUAAGCAGCAUGACUCAUUCUGUGGCUCUCUUAUGACAGAGGGAGGAUGUGGAGACCCAGGCACACCUGAGAAUGGUCGAAAGCUGGGAGUCACAUAUUCUGUUAAUAGCAAGGUCUACUUUGAUUGUGACUUGGGCUAUGAACUAGAGGGGUCAGCAGACCGCAAGUGUCAACUAAAUGGAACUUGGACAGGAAUUCAACCAGAUUGUAAAGGUAAGGUGUCCAAAUUUGUCUACUGUCGACGCUUUAUGCAAUAAAUACAACGUUGAAGUUCUGUAUAUAGUGCCUAACGUUUUCCCCAUAGCUUUUCUUCUGAUUUUUUCCUAUAUUGGUACUUAAUUUUGCGUUUUCCGCGGUUGCAAAAAAUCGCGAAAUUAAAUACCCUCGCAUAAAAAUCCUUGCGAAAUUAAAUCCCAACAGAAAAUUCAGAUCACACACAGAAAAAAGAAAAAAAUGAUCAACGUGUAAUAACAACAACAUCUACAGGAUAUGUAUCAACAAAUACACAAUUUUUUUACUGAUCUUGCUAGAAACUUCUAGUGUGUAUCUUCCUUUUGUUGUGAAAUGAUGUUAAUUUGCAAAGAUUGCGCCUAUGGAAUAGAGAAUCUUGCUGAAUCGCUCUAUUCAUACAAAUUCCUUGGAACAUCUUUCGUGCGGUCGUCAAAAGUUGAGAACGCUUUAAUUGCAAAUUUCAUAUUUGCCUGUUUUAAUCGCGAAAAUAUAACCCUGCAAUGCACCGUCUCGUCAAAAUCGUGAAAUUUAGUACAAAAAAGGAAGUAUGAAGUGGCUGUGAGGUGUUAAGCUUUGUGACUAUCCUAGAGCACUAGGGUUUGCAUCUGAAUAUUUUUUCUGGGUUUGCGAUACUGGGAGGUAAACACUUUUACGGUAUCCAUUCUUAUGCUAAUAUUCUAUGUUAAUGUUUGACAAUGGCUAAGUUGCGAUAUCUCUCUUAGAAAGAGGCAUUGUGCAUUGAGCUAACAAGUUUGAAACAAUUUUGAAAUAACGAUCCAAGAUUUGCCAUACCUUACUCUCAUUGUCUAUCUGUUCACGUUUAAAGUUGUAAAUUGUGGCUUUCCGCCUCGACCAAAGAAUGGAACAUUUAUUGGUAACGAAACAACUUUCAGAAGUGAGCUCGAAUUCAGAUGUGACGAAGGUUUUGAAUUGCAAGGCAGUGCCAGAAGAAUGUGCACCACGGACAAAAGCUGGACCGGGAAGGAUGUGACAUGUAAUGGUAAGUGUAUUAGAAAUCGUUUAUUUCUAUGGUUUUAUUUUCGCUCUCACUUUUUAACGGUCCAUUUUGAGGCUUAACCUCACUUUUCCAACCACCAUUGAGGCUGGAAGACGUUCCUUCAAAAGGCAACCUUACUUUUUUGGAAUCGACCUCAUUAAGUACGUGGUGCGAUAGACACUUAAUGGAUUGAACAAAUAAUUUCUGUCACUCUUAACCUGAUUAGGAAAAGUGGCAUAAAGAACGUCAGGUCCACAUCGGGUGCGAAUCCACAUCUUUGAGAUAAUGGUUUAUGCUCUAGACACUUAAUUAAAGUUUACUAGUUACAACUGAUACUGCUUUUGUUACUGGCGAUACAAGCUUGAUUUUCCAGUGUCUGAGCUAUAAAAUAGGAUAAAUGGAAGCAUACAGACAGAUGUUAAGCUUUUGUCAUCGGCGUGGUACAAAGAAAAAAGUUCGAAGACUCCCGAGAGCAUUCGUUUAUCACAUUUUGCGAUGUAGCGGGGAAAGGGAAGGGAAGGGAGGGUGGGAGAGGAAGGGAAGGGAGGGUGGGAUGGGGGUAGGAGGGAAGGAGGAGGGGGCUCUGAAGGAGGUUAAUUACAUCAGAUUCGCUUAUUAAUUUCACGUUUCUUGUGAAGCUGUUGACUGUGGGAGCCUCGAUCCUCCCAAGAACGGCUCUUUAAUCGUAAAAGAAACUACUUACCCAAACCAUGCGGAGAUCAGGUGCGAUGAAGGAUUCACCCUGCUCGGACCACGAAGACGAACAUGUCAAGCGAACGGAACGUGGAGUGGAAAUAUAACGGAAUGUAAAGGUGAUUAACUUUACUUUGUUUGAGCAGAUAUUUACCCUUUUCUAUUAAAAGAAAAAUUAUCCAUUUCACUGAGAACGAAUUGACCCCUGAUCAUGACAAAUGCACCUACUCUUUAAAUCGUGCAAAAAUUUCAGGUACGGAAGUGUAGUAAUGAGGAAUCCAGAGUUCGUUAUUGACCCACCUGUGUUCUUGCCAAAUGUUUCGUUAUAUCGUCCAAUAAUUGAACGUAAACUGCUGGACAUUCAGUAAAGCUGGUAAAAGAGAAAAGCCUUAAGCAUCAAAAGAGGGCGAAUGGUGUUCCAGUAAACAUCAAUGAGGUGUAAAGACUUUCCUUUAAAAUUAAACUAAACUGUAAAAUAUGUCUUGUCCCGGAUUGAGCGCAAGUCCUGUCUUAAUGAGCUCGAGCGCUUUAUGUCUUAUUGGGUUUGUCUCGACAAUAUCAAGUUAUUUCAUAUUGCGGCGGGAGAUUUGAGUGAGUUCAACGAUUGUGUGUCCCAACAAACUUUUAUUAAUGAAGUUACUUUGCUAGUGCCUCUCACUAAAUGGCUGUCUGUCGUGAAGCCAAACUUCUCUGUGAUAAAUUCUUGAGGGUUGAUCAAUUAAAUUAAAUAGAGAAAUCUUUGAACUUUAACUUUCGAAUCUUUAGCGGUUGACUGUGGUGCUUUAUCCGUCCCUACGAAUGGUUCUUCCAUUGGCACCGAAACGACAUUUCCUAACAAGAUAAGAUUCCGUUGCGACACUGGAUUCGAUCUGGUUGGGUCCUAUGUAAGGAUGUGCAUGGCUGACAAGAGCUGGAGUGGCGUAAAGACAGUUUGUAAAGGUAAUCUCCCUCAACGAUAUUAAUGAAGAAAAAAAAAGCAAUUUAGUAGGCCCCUGAGGGCCUUUAAAAGGUCUUUUUAGAACACGAGUAUCAGAUCAAGCGAAUGGAAUCUCAGGCUUUUAAUCAUGAAGAACCAAGAGUUUAUUUACCAACACGGAGGGUGGGAUUCUGGGCCAGAUUGACCUAUUUUGUCCAUUUACCGCAGAAGGAAAGGUUGGCUCCUCCGCUGAAUCUCCUAUGUACUCAGUUUGUUUUAUCCAGGCAAUUAUGCCAAGGUGUAUUGGAGAACCCGUAGCGGCUUUUUUUCUAACUACCUAUUUUUGAUGAUGGAAACCCGAGUUCAGCGUGACAGUCAUUGGAUUAUCGUUACGUGUCUUUUAAAGCUAGAGCGCUGUGGGUUUGAAAUGUGAUCAUGUGUGUAAGCAAUUUAAUUAAAACAUCUCGACCAUUCUAUCAUGUAAAAACCCACUGAUAUGGGAACUUUCUAAGUUUCGAGUUUUUUGGGGUUUAUUUCACUGACUUACCAUGAAAUAUUUGUAAUUCCUUCUCAGUUGAUUUUAACGCAAUCUGUUGAAGCAGAGAACUAAAAAGAAUAUGAAAAUGUUAACCUCCAGUCCUUCUAACUCGGGGUUUUAACCCAGUUUCAAACUCGUCCAUUGACAAAUGAUGUAUCGUCUUUGUUCUUCGACCAACUUUAAUUGCUGUUUAUCAAUUGUACUUUCAUCCAAGCCGUGGACUGUGGGAAGCUUCCUCAUCCCACGAACGGCUCAGUGAUAGGGAAAGAGACAACCUUCCCAAACGAAGUGGAAAUCAGCUGUGACAAAGGUUUCAUUUUACGUGGAUCACACCGUAGGAAAUGUAAAGCGGACAGAAAUUGGAGCGGAGACACUACAGUCUGUGAAGGUGAUAAAAGCGAUGAGUAUAAUCAGUUUCUAUACUUUUGCAAACAGCUUUAAAUGACAAUUAAAUUUUGUUAUCUAUAAAAAAAUAUGUAAUUGUGAAAUUGUUGUCUUUUAUGCUAUUAUUUUUGUCCGUCCGUCCGUCAGAACUUCCCUUUGUUCGUCCGUCUGUCCGUCCGUCCGUCAGUCCGUCCGCUCGUCACUAUCUACGUUUCCAAACUUUCGUUGGGCUGUUAAAUUAUUUAUCCGUUUUUUCUCUUAUACGCACUCGGUUCAACGGUAUUUCUACUUUCUCUUUUGAAGUCACUGAUUGUUCCGCCUUUCGUUCUAAAUUUUCUGCAGCAUAUGAAUGCAUUUUGAAUGCGCACCGCAGCUAUUGCAUUUGCAGCAAGUAACGUUGUGUAACUUGUCUUAAACUUAAACUUAAACGAUUCAACCAUGUUUUAUUUAAAACUAACUAACUUAAUAAGAAUCAUUGCUCAUUCCUUGAAAACAAUAAAACGUAAAAAACAGCAUUAAAUGUUUCGCUUUAACGAGGCCAGUCCUGGUUGUAAAUUUCGCCAGCUGGACAGCUUUAUUUUGGAGGCCAAAGCUUUCAUCUGACGCUACUACAUUCGUGCAUUUACGACGUCAGUUAUUCGUUGUUAACUGGCACUGUCUUGGAGUGGAGUUCUUUUGCUUUUGAAGCUUGUUCUCUCAUUUUGAAGCCAUCAACUGCGGCAAGCCAACACUGCCAGACCAUGGGUCCGUCUCAGGAGUAUCUACUAGAUACCCUCACUCAAUAACGUUUACUUGCAUUAUCGGAUACGAAAUCUAUGGGUCUGUUGUGAGAAGAUGCCAAGCUAAUGGGACAUGGAGUGGAAAUAAAACUACCUGUAAACGUAAGAUACACUGUAUUUUUUUCGUUCCUCUUUUUCCAUAACUCGUUCCUCCAAGUGAAGCACAGCACAUGUAUAUUUGGUCAACCUUAUCGGACUUUUUUCUCCGCGUAAAAGGAUUUCCCUCAGUUAGGUCUUUUUUCUUAAUCUUUAUUUCAAGAAACCAGUUGGAUGUGUUGUACUUAGCUACAGUUUCCUAUUAGGUACAAAAAAAGGCAUGAAGACAUGAAACAAAUUAGCCAAUCUAUAAUGCAAAUACUAGAUAAGCCGAAUUUCAGUUCCGGGAAGCAUCUUUAAAGCGGCUAUUCUUGUCUUUAAUAAGAACUGGUAACAAAUUAUUUAAUGUCUCCGUGAAUCUAGUGUAUGUCUCAAAUCCAAAUCCAUUUUUUUCAACUGUCUUCUAGCGGUUGACUGUGGGCUCCUUCAGAGACCGAACAAUGGUACUAAGGUCGGCAAUAAAACAACUUUCUUAAAUGAAGUCAGUUUCUUUUGCAACAAGGGAUUUUAUAUGUUGGGAUCCUCAAAGAGAACUUGUCAGGCUGAUAAGCAAUGGAGUGGAGUCAAGACUUUCUGUAGAGGUAAGGCAAAAACAUGAUUCCUGAUUGCCUCAUUUCCUAUUCCAGAGUAUUGCGUUUCCAACAAACCAGUUAGAGGGCUUUUCGACUGAGUGUCUUAGAACCAAAAUGAAAACAAUUAUAACAGCCAAUCAUAGCAAGGGUAAAUAUCACCAGGAGCCAAUGAGACCUCGAAUUAAAAAAAAGGCAAGAAGCGCGGGAAAACGCGUGUGACAAAGUUGCGAUUGAUUUUAGCUUUGAAUGUGAUCGGUCGAGUUAGUGGCGCAAGUUUUCUAAACCAAUCACAUAAAGGAGUGAGGCAAAAUCAAAUCAAACCCGAACUACUUCCAACGCUCAAUUGAAAAUUGCGCCAUCAGAAAUAAGAGAAAUCGUGUACUCGCGAUUAUUUUGUGCGAAAGUUUUGAAGCUUCAAGUGUGCGACUUGAAAGCGGUAGCGCUUAGAAAUAAGACAUGGCAAAAAUCGCACUUUGUUAAAGAACUUAUGAACGUAUUUCCUGUGACAUGGCUCAACAACAAAGAAAUAAAUAGUGUUGAAACUAGAGUCCGGGAUUGCCGUGUGAAUGAUGAAAUAAUCUCGCAUUCUUCAAGACCUAUCGCGUGACUCAACGCGACACAAACACGCGACGCUUUUAGCGGUAACUUUGCCUGCAAUGCACCCAACCAGCGAUAUUCCCCAAUAACAAGCCUGACUGUUGGAAACCUGUCAACCAAAGCAGUGGCUUGAGAUACCUUUUUUCAACAGAAAUAACAAGAAAUGAGUUAUUUUGUCGGGAUAAAGAAGGGGUGAAGUUUUCUCUUCUCCAUCGGCGAUUUUACAGACAUCUGGUCGGGGCAUCCGGGCUCAUGUUCAUUCUGUAUAAAGUUUGAACAUUGAAAGAUGUUAGCGAAGUUGGCACAACGGAAUAAAAUCAAGCAAAUUGAACGUAGGCGUUAAUAUGGACACGAGGUAGGCACCUUAAAGCAAUUAGGAGAAGCUUUGAGACAUCAAGGACUAUUCGUUCGUUGGACACUAUGUCGGUAAAUCGUCUGCUCAACCACCAAAUAAUUACGCAACAUCGAUACUUAUUUGGAGGUCGGCAAGUACCGGGUGUGGUACUUCUUUUGCGCUUUCCUUUGCUGAUUUUCUUUAAGCUGUAAAAUAUUGUAAGAGGUGUCUUCUCCUUGUUUUGGCCAACUGUAUCAACUACUGUAAGAUAUGUUACCCUUUGAAAGUCCUCAGAUUUUCUCUCCACUGUUAAAAUCUAUCAAGUGAAGUUAUUGAUCAGGGACAAGUAGCCAGAAAUUUAUGUAGCUGCUAUUUCCUUGACUUCAUUUCGCGUGAAUUUUAAAUGUGCAAACACGUGAAUUUAUCUGCCAAGUAUGACCAAUUUGGAUAUGGCUCAAAUAGCUAAAUCAUGCUUUGUUAGUAGCAUAUGUAUGUGGGCAGCAUAAUUACACUUUUCCUUAGACAUCCACUGACAGGCAUGAAACCAGAUUACCAUUGCUGGUGUGUUACCAAGGUGUUAAAUAUACAUUCUCUAUUUUCUUGCAGCGGUUGACUGUGGUUCCUUAAUUGUUCCAAAAAAUGGCAGCAAGCUUGGACAGGAAACAACAUAUCCUAAUUUUAUCAAAUUUAGCUGUGAUGAAGGGUUCAUCUUGUUGGGAUCGACAGUAAGGACCUGUUUGGCAAAUGGCUCUUGGAGUGGUAUGCAAACACUUUGCCAAGGUAACAGAAAGUUUUGCGGUAUACAUUUUGCUAUGUGUAAGACUAAGGUCAUUAAUGGCAACUUGAGAAGGUCAUGGGUCCUAUACAGUCUACUACUGAAGUCAAGUAAAUUUCUCCUGAUUAUUUACCCACAAAGCUUGUUUGAACUCUCCUAUCAGUUUCUAGGUCCAUUUUUCAUGUUUCUUAUUCUUUUUCCCCCAAAAUGAAGACAAAAUGUCAAAUGAUUCUCAUAGAUGUCUAUCUAGAACCCAAAUUCUUUCUUCUUCAUUAUUUUCUCUCUAAGUUGACAAUUAGCUAUCAUUGCUCAGUAAUCAGAUCUUGUUAAAGGGACAGUCUCUUUGGUGUGGGUGUAAUGCAGGUUGAGUUUUGAUUACUGUUAUAGCUUUUCUACCAUAUUGAGAGCAAUUGUAUCUUAUAUAAUUUGAAUUUAUUUUUGUAUAGCUAAAGACUGUGGGCCCAUUCAAACACCAAGGAAUGGAACUAAACAUGGAAGUCAGACCACUUAUCUGAACAAAAUUUUGUUCACUUGCGACAAUGGGUUUAAUUUGAUUGGCUCAAAUGAGAGACAGUGUACAUCAGAUGGAGUUUGGAGUGGUGCUGAAACUUUGUGUGAAGGUGAGAUGAUACUGGAGGUUUGACAUUUGUUAUACCAAGGAUUGUUGAAUUUCAUCUUGACCUUUUCUAUAUUCCACUGAAUUAGGAUCUAUUUUGGAGUCAAAAUUUGGUAACUGAACUGCAUGCAUCCUUUCCUUCUUAGCCAAAGACUGUGGACCAAUACGCACACCCAUAAAUGGCACCAAACAUGGUACAAAAACCACUUACCCAAGCAGGGUCACAGUUACCUGUAACAGUGGCUUUCAUUUAAGAGGUUCAUCUGAACAGGAAUGCAUGUCAGAUGGUGUGUGGAGUGGAGUUGAAGCAUAUUGUGAAGGUAAGGAAAUGAAAUUUGCAAAGAAAGUGGUUGUUUUCUAUUCGUGGGAAUUUCAUCAUCAUUUGACCUAAAAAUGGUAUCUUGAAUCUUGCUUGUACAUCAUUUUUUGUGCAGCUAAAGACUGUGGCUCGCUUGAGAUUCCCACAAAUGGAUCCUUAGUUGGACUGACCCUGACAACUUUUCCAAACUCCUUGACCUUUGCUUGUGAUGAUGGGUUUGAACUGAAAGGAUCUGUAGUAAGAUAUUGUCAAGCAAAUGCAUUGUGGAGUGGUAAUAAAACCUUUUGUCAAGGUGAGAAAGUUCAUUCAUUAAGCUAACUGCAUGGACAUUUUACAUAUAACUUUACUCUAACCAUUUGUUAUUGACAUACCAUAAAUUGCAUUUGUUGUACAAAACUGUGUGUGCCUACACCCAUGCCCAACAUGCCUUUUUUUUAUUUUAAUUAAAUAUCAUGUUUCUUUUAUUGUUGGGUUAGCUAAAGAUUGUGGACCAAUUGAAUCACCAACCAAUGGAUCCCUUUUUUUUGGAGAGAGAACAACUUAUCCUCACAUAGUGCUGUUCAGUUGUGACAAGGGGUUUCUGCUGAAAGGAUCAAACCUCAGACGUUGCACCUCAGAAGGUGUUUGGAGUGGAAUGCCAGCCUCGUGUGAAGGUACAUUUACUGUGAUAGUUAACAUGUAAUAUGUGAGGUAACACAAUUGGCAGCAAUAUGAAUACAGGGGACAUUUUUUUUGUCAACAGGAGAUGAGCAAUGAGAUCUAAUUUGACAAGCAGGGGCCUCACAUGUAUUAUUUUUACAAUCUGCACCAAGAGAAACCUUAUUCUAGGCACAUAUUUCUUAGCUUUACAAUUGCUUCUCUUGGUGAAGGUUUUCUCUGAUCUAUUACCUUGUAGUUUUUUUUUUUUUAGUAUGACCUGGCUGACAUAACAUCUGAAACACAUCUAAAGAAUUUUAGAUGGCUCAUUAAACCUUAACAAUUAUUAAAUGGAUAUCCAAACUUUCUAACGACUUGCUUUUUUUAGUCAAAUCAUAUUUGGUUAUGGCCACAUUUAUACAAAAUUCAAUAAAAGAUAUCAUAUUUGCCUUUUUUUCCUCAUUUGUUGCAAACAUCAAAGCCAGGGACUGUGGUCCACUUCCUUUCCUAUUGAAUGGAACUGCCAUUGGGCAAAGGACGGUUUAUCCUAAUGAAAUAAUAUUUAACUGUGAUGCUGGAUUCAACUUGGUUGGCUCAAGGAUAAGGAGAUGUCAGUCCACUGGAAUUUGGAGUGGAAAGCAAACUUCCUGCCAAGGUAGUAAUUUUUCCAUGAUACACUCUAAUAUAAAUUAUUACAUCUUUAACUUAAGUUCACCACAGAGAACCCCAUUUUCUACAAUUCACACCAGCCAAUGCUAUUCCAUCCAACUUGAAUCAAAUUCAUCCAAUCUAGUCCAGAACAUCCCAGUUCUCCCAAACUGAUCCAAACCCCACCCCUGUCUCCCUGAGCCAUUCCAAUUCAACCCAAAUCAUCCCAAUCCACCUUAAUCCUUACAAAUCCAUGUAAAAUCUGCCCUGGCCUACCCAUCCCAUUUCACCUCAGUCCACGCCAAUCUAGCUUAAUCUGCUCAAUUUUUUGUUAAAUCCUUUUCUAGUAUUUACUAUCCACUCCAUUCCCCUCUUAUUUAUUCUAGUCUUAGCUAAUCAAACCCAAUCUGCCCAAUUAGGGACCAAUCCACUCCAAGUCCUUUUAUCCUCUUCAGUCCUCUAAAAUUUACCUUUUAUAGGCCAGUGUACUUCAAUCCCCUUUCACUGCACUCAAAUACACUCCAGUCUUCUUCAGUCCAGUCCAUUAUGCUCCAAUCCACCCUUCUCUAUACCCAUUAAACUAAAUCUGACUAAAUAUUAUUCAAUGUGCCCCAAUCCAAUCCAACCCAUUCCCGUCUAGUGCAAUCCCAUCCAAUCCAUUUGAAUCCUUUCCACUCAUAUCAGUCUCAAACCGUCUUGCUUCACUUUAUUGGUCAUGAAACCCCAAGAAAAGUAUUGAAAUUCGCCUUAAGAGAGUAAACCCAUGAUCACCUCACAUUGUAUUGCCAGGUUGUGACAUCUCAUAGUAUAUCAAAUGAAUACUUAUCAACAAAUUUAUAGUUGAGGAGGAGAUUUUGGAAAAGGCCUAAAAAGGCACUACGUAGCACCUCAACUACACAAAAGAUUCAACUUAAGAUUAUGAUUGGUUGAUACCCAUAGAUCAUUGAUAUGUCAGUCAUAGUCACAAAUGUGGGUCAGUGACUUGCUACACAUUGAUAUUUAAGUGGAGUGGUUUUGGAAUUACCGAUAUGUAUAGGUUCAGGAGCGCUUUUUUACUAAUAUAUCCAGAAAUACUCAAGCAAAUAUUAUAAUCUUUUGAUAGGGAGGGGAGUAACUUUUGAAGUUACUUAAUGUGGAAUAAUUGCAAUUGGUUAAACGGUUACCACAGCAAUGGUUGUUAAGGAAACCAAGAUAAAAAUUUUUUGUGAAAUAUAGUUAAAACGACAUUUAAAUUAUCAUUUCUUAUCGUUCUGUGAUAAAAAAGAACGAUCAUAAUCGUUUUGGGUCAGUUUUUGAUGUUUUGUUGCUAAUUAUAUUUAUUUAUACUGACGAGAAUGAACGGCAGCUGUUGUUGGCUUGAAAAAUACAGUCCGUGUGAGAAAUAUGUCAAAUAAAGACAAUUGAGAAUGAGUUGAGGUUGGUUAUGAUGUAGAAGUUGCAUUAGCCAACCAGUAUCCAAUCUCCUACAUUUACGUAACCUGCAAAGGUAGUCAAGAGCUCAUUGACCCCCAUAUCGAUAACAAAUGUCUAGCAAUCGGUAGGUCUUAUCAGAGCUCACUGACUCCCCGAUCGACCAACAAAAGUCUUGCGAUCGAUAGCUCUUAUUAGAGCUCUUUGACUCCCCGAUCGUCCAACAAAUCUCUUGCGAUCGGAAGCUCUUAUCAGAGCUCAUUGACUCCCCGAUCGACAACAAAUGUGUUUUGGUCGGUAGCUCUUAUCAGAGCCAUUAAAUCCCCGAUCAACCAACAAAUGUCUUACAAUCGGGAUUUCUUAUCAGAGCUCAUUGACUCCCCGAUCGAUAACAAAUGUCUUUUGAUCGGUAGCUCUUAUUAGAGCUCAUUGAUUCCCCAAUCGACCGACAAAUCUCUUGCGAUCAGUAGCUCUUAUCUGAGCUCAUUGACUUCCCGAUCAACCAACAAAUGUCUUUUGAUCGGUAGGUCUUAUUAGAGCUCAUUGGCUCCUUCAUCGACCAACAAAUGUCAUGCGAUCGGGAGCUCUUAUUAGAGCUCAUUGACUCCCCCAUCGACCACCAAAUGCCUUGUGAUCAGUAGCUCUUAUCAGAGCCCAUUUACUCCCCGAUCGACCAACAAAUGUCUUGCGAUCGGUAGCUCUUAUCAGAGCUCAUUGACUCCCCAAUCGACCAACAAAUCUCUCCCGAUCGGUAGCUCUUAUCAGAGCUCAUUGACUCCCCGAUCGACCAACAAAUGUCUUGUGAUCGGUAGCUCUUAUUAAAGCUCAUUGAUUCCCCGAUCGACCGACAAAUCUCUUGCGAUCAGUAGCUCUUAUCUGAGCUCAUUGACUUCCCGAUCAACCAACAAAUGUCUUUUGAUCGGUAGCUCAUAUCAGAGCUCAUUGACUCCCCGAUCGACCAACAAAUCUCUUGCGAUCGGAAGUUAUUAUUAAAGCUCACUGACUCUCCGAUCGACCAACAAAUGUCUUGCGAUCGGUAGCUCUUAUAAGAGCUCAUUGACUACCCGAUCGACCAACUAAUGUCUUGCGAUCGGUAGCUCUUAUCAGAGCUCAUUGACUCCCCAAUCGACCAACAAAUCUCUCCCGAUCGGUAGCUCUUAUCAGAGCUCAUUGACUCCCCGAUCGACCAACAAAUGUCUUGUGAUCGCUAGCUCUUAUUAGAGCUCAUUGAUUCCCCGAUCGACCGACAAAUCUCUUGCGAUCAGUAGCUCUUAUCUGAGCUCAUUGACUUCCCGAUCAACCAACAAAUGUCUUUUGAUCGGUAGCUCUUAUCAGAGCUCAUUGACUCCCCGAUCGACCAACAAAUCUCUUGCGAUCGGAAGUUAUUAUUAAAGCUCACUGACUCUCCGAUCGACCAACAAAUGUCUUGCGAUCGGUAGCUCUUAUAAGAGCUCAUUGACUCCCCGAUCGACCAACUAAUGUCUUGCGAUCGGUAGCUCUUAGCAGAGCUCAUUGACUUCCCGAUCGCCCACAAAUGUCUUGUGAUCGGUAACUUUUAUCAGAGCUCAUUGACUCCUUGAUCGACCGACAAAUGUCUUGUGAUCGGGAACUCUUAUCAGAGCUCAUGGCUCCCCGAUUGACCAAUAAAUGGCUUGCUAUCGGGAGCUCUUAUUAGAGCUCAUUUACUCCCCGAUCGACCAACAAAUGUCAUGUGAUCGGGAGCUCUUAUCAGAGCUCAUUGACUCCUUGAUCGACCAACAAAUGUCUUGUUAUCGGUAGCUCUUAUCAGAGCUCACUGACUCCCCGAUCGACCAACAAAAGCCUUGCGAUCGGUAGCUCUUAUUAGAGCUCUUUGACUCCCCGAUCGACCAACAAAUCUGUUGCAAUCGGGAGCUCUUAUCAGAGCUCAUUGACUCCCCGAUCGACAACAAAUGUCUUGUGAUCGGUAGCUCUUAUCAGAGAUUAUAGACUCCCCGAUUGAGAACAAAUGUCUUGUGAUCAGUAGCUCUUAUUAGAGCUCAUUGACUCACCGAUCAACCAAGAAAUAUCUUGCGAUCGGUAGCUCUUAUCAGAGCUCAUUGACUCCCGAUCGACCCACAAAUGUCUUGCGAUCGGUAGCUCUUAUCGGCGCUCAUUGACUCCCCAAUGGACCAACAAAUCUCUCGCGAUCGGUAGCUCUUAUUAGAGUUUAUUGACUCCCCGAUCGACCAACAAAUGUCUUGUGAUCGGUAGGUCUUAUCAGAGCUCAUUGACUCCCCGAUCGACCUGCAAAUGUCUUGCGAUCGGUAGCCCUUAUCAGAGCGCAUUGACUCCCUGAUCUACCAACAAAUGUCUUGCGAUCUGUAGCCCUUAUCAGAGCGCAUUGAUUCCCUGAUAAACCAACAAAUGUCUUGUGAUCGGUAGGUCUUAUCAGAGCUCAUGGACUCCUCUAUCGACCAGCAAAUGUCUUGCGAUCGGUAGCUCAUAUCAGAGCGCAUUGACUCCCUGGUCGACCAACAAAUGUCAUGUGAUCGUGAGCUCUUAUUAGAGCUCACUGACUCCCCGAUCGACCGACAAAUGUCUAGUGAUCAGUAGCUCUUAUCAGAGCCCAUUUACUACCCGAUCGACCCACAAAUGUCUUGUGAUCAGUAGCCCUUAUCAGAACCCAUUGACUUCCCGAUCGACCAAUAAAUGCCUUGCGAUCGGUAACUCCUAUCAGCGCCCAUUGAUUCUACAAUGGACAAACAAAUUUCAUGUGUUUGGUAGCACCUAUCAAAGCUUAUCAGAGCUCAUUGACUACCCGUUCGACCAACAAAUGUCUUGCGACCAAUAGCUCUUAUUAGAGCUCUUAGACACCCCGAUCGAUUAACAAACGUCUUGCGAUCGGUAGCUCUUAUCAGAGCGCAUUCAACCUAUGAUCGACAGACCUUUUUUUCGAUCUGAGGCUCUUAUAAGAGCUCAUUGAUUCCUCAAUCUAAUCAUUGACUCCCCAAUCAAUCGAAGCUGUCGCCUUCGAGAUGAAUCUCCUGGAGCCUUGCACGCUCUGGUCUGAAUAACUUUAGAAGAAGCAACACCGUGUUUAUGUGGCUGGCCCCCAACAAACUUGAAUUGAUGUGAUGACAUUUGUUUCUUGUAAGUGCGGAUGUUUUUGUUGAAUACAUCAAAGCUUGUUUCUCCUUCAUGAGGUCUGAGCACAGAAUGCUUUCCGCUGCAACCUCAGCAAAACUUCUAUCUUUGAACCUUCUUCUCUACCAAUCUCUUGAAAUUUCUUAGCUAUUGCAGCUUGGAAGUUUAACGCACAAACAAAUAAUAACUGAAUUUCUUUUGCCUUUGUAUAUAAGGCAAGGUCAGUGUUACUGUAUUCUCCGAGUGAACAGCAUCUGUCAUUUAUUUUUUCCGGAAUAUUCUAAUAUAUUUCUCAAACUCUCCUUUUUUUGGUUUCCUUAGCAACCAUUGCCAUGGUAAACAACCGAAAUAAUCCAUGAAGUAUUUUUGAUCGCGCUCGAUUUGGUGGAAAUGCAUUAUGUGAUCGUAAUAUUCCCGCGCGUUGUAAAAUAUUGGAAGGAUAACAAACAGAAUAGCCUCCAUUUGGCGCGAAAACACACUCAAAUAUUUGCCUUAGAUAUUUUCUGUUCCUCAAAGGUCACAUAAUUUAUUGAGUAGUUCCGUAUAUAUUGCUGAAAAGUUCCUGAACACACAAAUUUUGGUACUUCCAAAAGCGCUUCACCGUCCCUGAUCUAAGUCACAAACUAACCCCGCAACACUUGUGACUACGACUAACAUGGCGAUGAUCUCUGGGUAUCAGGCCAUUAUGAUCUAAUGUCAUUAUAAUCUGAAGAGGAGGUGCUACGAGGUCGACUUUUUCUGGCGUCUUCCUCCGCCAUCAAUUGCCUUACCUUUAAGCGCUGGACUGUGGUCACAUCAAAACGCUACAGAAUGGAAGUAAAUUCGGAGAGGAAACAACGUAUCCUCAUUUCACAAGAUUUUCUUGUGACGAAGGCUUCAUACUUUUGGGAUCUUCUGUAAGAUACUGUCUUUCCACUGGAAUAUGGAGUGGUCAGCAGGCUUUGUGUCAAGGUAAAAAUGGCUUGUCCUGAUCGUGGAGAUUGGGAGUUGAUAAGAAUUUGAACCUUGCAUUGACUGUUAUUGAACUUAAAAAAAUUGCAUGAUAUUGAUGAAAUCUGGAGAAUUUUUUUGCUUAGCAGGAUGUCAGAUUUACUUUGUUGAAUCCGGCCAAAAACCUAAGGUAUCCAAAUUUGACCAAAAGAAUGCAAACUGUUAAGAAUACCUCACAGGUCUAUCUUCCAGAUUAGCGGGACAGAAUGUAACAGUUAUCAUUCUUGUCUUUUCGUUAGCAGAUAUCUUAUUCAAUAGUUUUGUCAAAGAGACUAAGAAGAUAUACCUCAAGCAAAAGCCAUUUUGCUUAAAAUGUUCGAGUUCGUGAUUGGAACCAAAGACAGUGACCCACGAAGCGAUCAGGCACCCUCUUGUAAAAUUAGCAGAACAGAUGAUGAUUUAAAAUUCAAGUCCUUUUUCUCCAAUAUCAGUGUGUUCUAAAAGUGUUACUGAAUAUUGGGCCCAAAGUUAUGCCUAUGUUUCAAAUUGGGUUAUUACCGUCUAAUUUUAGCCAAAGACUGCGGUCCACUUGCAUUGCCGUUAAAUGGAUCUUCCUUUGGACGCGACACUACCUUCCCAAAUGUCAUAUCAUUCUACUGCGAUGUCGGCUUCAUAAUGAUUGGGACACAAACAAGAAAAUGUCAGGCAAACGGCAAAUGGAGUGGCAACGAAACAACUUGUAGAGGUAAAUAAAAGGAAUAAAACGUGUCUCGCAGAAUUUUCGGUAAGAACAGAAACCUUGUUAGUAUCUGUCGAAAGGUAACUAAGGAAUACGGGAUUAAAAGUAAAACCGACUUUGCACUCACAUAGGUUAGUUCGUUUUCAGCCUCCAAUAGAUUCACUUAACUUUGGACUUUUGACGCAGUGUCACGCUUUGUUCGCUCAUUCAGUUGCUAAUUUUGUAUGAAAGAUAUUUAGAGACUUUUUCGAAUUUCAAACAGCUUCUCGAGAGGGAUUGUCGUAAGAAAGGUAUUGAAAUGCAACUAAACCACAAACAUGAGUUGUCCUUCUUUUUCAGAAAUCUCUCUCUUAACUAGAAAGCAAUUUUUUGUUACCAAAUGUUUCUUCUUUUAAAGGUAACAGUACACAGUUCACAAUUUUUCAUUUUAAUUUUUCCAGCUGUUGAAUGCGGUUCCCUAGCGAUGCCAACGAAUGGUUCUACGUAUGGCGAACUUACUACUUAUCCCAAUAAGGUGUACUUCAAUUGCGAUGAAGGAUUUGUCCUCCAAGGAUCUUCUGUAAGAGUUUGCAUGGCAAAUGGAUCUUGGAGUGGAACUGAGACUCUCUGUGAAGGUGAGUUGGAUAGUUAAAGAACGUCUUCACCAAUUCUUGUCAAGUCUGUCGUUCUAAGUUCGGAUCAGUCGUCUCUAAUAACAACCAUUAUUAUAUCGCUGGCAGUGCCCGUGGGUAAUAUGAAGCAAAUCCUGUGUUCUGAUCGAGGUUGCCUACCCUGAUCCCACGCAAGAAAAAGGAAAUUAGUUGGAACGGACAAACAAAGUUCGUAAUUUUUGGACAACUUCUGCCUUAGAUUCACAAAACGCGGCAACCGUGAUUGUUUCAUUUCACUGUGGUACUUGUAACGCAAAAUUGUAAAACAAUAGAGGUACUUUAAGUGUAAUAAAUUUUCAAAUAUUCUGCGGUAAAAAUUGCUUUGAUAGUGGUCAACUUUUAUCCCAAAGAUCUGCACCUUUUUUUAAUGUUUUUUACUGGAAUUGUCUUGUGGUAAUGGCGACACUAAAUACUCAGGGAUGCGUUUUAUGGAAGUGGAAAAUACUAGAGGAAAAUCUUGCUAAUGAAACAUGUGGAGCUAGUUGGUAAGGUGUAGGAUAACUGUUAACUUUCUUGUCCUUAGCUAUUAACUGCGGUGAAUUAGCUGUUCCGCAAAAUGGAACGUUGCAGGGAUCUGCCACUACCUUCCCGAAUAGAGUUGAUUUUUCUUGCGACGAGGGCUUUGUGCUCGAAGGAUCUGAUUUCAGAAGGUGCCAAGCCAAUGGAACAUGGAGUGGAGGGAACACGUAUUGCAGAGGUAAAGAAAACACACACAAGGGCACUGAGCUGUAAGAAAACAUUCCGCGAAAUUCAUUUAAGUUAUCCUUACUCGCCUCGCCUUGCCUCCCCUCCCCUCCCUUCCGUCGUAGGCUUCGGCAUCAUUUCUCCGACCUUAAUUCGUUACAUAUUUCUCGCGUACAUAAGUAUUAUUUCAUUUUGUCAAAAAGGUGAAGAUCCAUCACUAAUUAAUUCCCCACUUGUAGCUAAAGAUUGUGGAAAAUUACCUUUUCCAAUGAAUGGUUCAGUUUUUGGAAGUCAAACUACUUUUCCAAACAAGCUACAAUUCUCAUGUGACAACGGCUUUGACCUGAUUGGGUCCACUGUCAGGAGGUGUGAGGCAGACGGGAUGUGGAGUGGACAACAAACAGCUUGUCAAGGUAAAAGAAACGAUAAUAUUUUAUCAUCAUUUGGCUGAAAUGAGUGCUUUAAAAGACUACAUUUCUUAAUGCAGUUAUUCAUUAAUUAACUGAUAUUAGUUGAAUUUUACCCAUCGUAUCAACACAAAUAUUGUCGGGGAGACCAACAGUGUUGAAGGCAAACAGUGAAUGACACAAUAACACCACUCCGUUUGCGCACGGUAAUUGUAUUUUGUUAUUAUCAUUAUUUUUUAAAAUUUGCUACUGUUUUCUUUUCUUAUAUCUCACAGCUGUUGAUUGUGGACCAUUGCCUUUACUUCUAAAUGGCACCUAUCUAGGAAAUUUGACUACGUAUCCAAAUGAGGUGUUAUCAUUCUGCGAUGAGGGGUUUUUGUUAAGAGGUUCAGCACGAAGAUUCUGCCAGGCGAACAGAACUUGGAGCGGCAUCCAAACAACAUGUGCAGGUAAAGAGAUCUGAGGCGUGUUCGACUAAGAAGCAGAAGCCAAAAAAAAAUUCUGUUAGGAUUUGGACAACAGACCCUCUGAUUUCGCGAUCUUACGAUCUGCUCAUUGAGCUUCAGGGAACUCGUUGAUGAGGCCACAUCGUAGGUCCAUGACGUUCGUGACAAUUUCUUAAGGACUUUUGAAAUAAUUUUUUGUUUUACAUUCAGCGAUCAUCUUUUAUACUACACGGGACCUUCUUAGAUGCUAUCAGUAUGCAAGGGGCUUGUUCUUAAUAUGACUGGUUCACCACAGAGUUUUCACAAAUCCUCUGCAGAAAUGGUUUUCUUUUUUCUCUCAUUAGCGACAAAUGCCUUACGUAUUUCGUUAUUCGACAACUGAGCUGAAGAAUUAAUUUUGUACGAAUUGUAUUCUUUUUUUUAGCCCAUUACGGAAUUUAUUUUAAAACCAAACAGCUUUUCAAGACUGUUCAUUAUCGUACCAAUUGCAUUGAAAGAGUAAAGGUAGUGCAUAUGUAGAUUCCAUUGGCCGUGGGUCUUAGCUAUGCUUGUUUUUAUUCCUUCUCUGUGGGAUUAUCUGUGGGUCCUCCAGUUUUUUUCCUUACAAAAUCUUGCGCUCUAAACUCCCAGUUGAUGAUUUGAAUGACUGUAAACUUACAGCUUAUUGAAAUAGGAACACUUUUAACGAAAGGGCUGUAAUAUAUUUAUUGGUUGGUGGAAUUGCUCUUUUGGCCUGACUGUUUAAAUGCAAAUCUUGACAUAUCAUAUUUUUGCCUUCAAUCAAAUUUCCGUAUUUAUGCAUAUUCACUAUAUACACAUGUUUUUAAUCUAUCAGCGGUUGAUUGUGGACCUCUACCUGUUCUUAUCAAUGGUUCUUCUUACGGAUCGCUGACCUAUUUUCCGAAUUCGAUACAAUUUUCUUGUGAUUCUGGAUUUCUUUUGAGAGGCUCAUCAGGGAGAAGUUGUUUACCUACUGGUUUGUGGAGCGGAAGCAAUACCACCUGUGAAGGUCAGCUAUUAGUAAAGUGGAGAUUGUUUUUACAUUUUCUACAAUUCCUUUCCAGUUGAUCGAACCAUUGAAUAGCAUUGAGUACUCUGCAAGACGCAGACGUACAAGAUGUAUCAAGAACGUACUACCAGAAGAUGGAACUUAUGAAAAAGUGACAUCAAUCUCGCCUAAAACGCACCAAGCGAACUCAGCGGAACUCCCGCUGGAGCUGCUGCAUUUGUUGGCUAUUGCUAAGAAAAUGGCGUUCUGUCAUGACAUCACUGCUUACGCGUAGUUUCCCAGUUUUGUACUCAAGUGUUGAUUAUAUUUUAUCUCGACUUAUCUGUUUUCUAGCAAUUGAUUGCGGAACACUUGCUGUGCCUAUGAAUGGGAGUUUUAAGGGAACCAGGACUUAUUUUCCGAACGUAUUACAGUUUUCUUGCGAUGAAGGCUUUAUCCUGGGCGGGGCUACAGAAAGGCAAUGUUUAGCCGACGGUUCGUGGAGCGGAAAUGACACAUCAUGCAAAGGUUUGAUUGUACAAAAAAAAAGAAAAAAAGAAUUAACGAAACUAAAUGCUUAUAGUUGUUGGUCGUAGCUGGGAGAACACCUUUUUCGCGUCAAUUUUGCCACAUUUGCGUAGUGAUUAUCUUUUUUCAUCGUUAUUCUAUGGAUGUCCUAUCUAGGAAAGUUAUUAGAAAAUAUGUAGAAUUAUAAAACUAAUACCACAUCCGUAAAGGUUAAUAAUUUGCUCUGAAACAGACAAACAAGGAUAACAACAACAGUUUUUAAUUUAGGUAUGUGGUAUUCAUUAGAGUCAUUCUGCUCCUUUCAGCGGUUGACUGUGGCCCUUUGCCUGUUCCAAGAAAUGGAUCCUCUCAUGGUGACAUGACUGUUUACCCCAAUAGUGUCUGGUUUUCCUGUGACGCUGGAUUCUUUCUGAAGGGAUCGUCGAGAAGAAUAUGCCAGGCAAAUGGAACUUGGAGUGGCUCUUUGGCAAACUGCAAUCGUUAGUAGAGACCAAAGAAAGAAAAAAAAAAGAAACCUUGAGGUUUCAUUUCCAAAAAAAAGUUAUAACUUUCACUUAGAAUUUCAAUCUUCGUCUCUAUACAAGCAUCCUGUAAUCUGUUACUAAGUUUAGACUUAGGUAAUGGUGUAGGUAUUCUUGUAAUGUUGACUCUUAUGGGAGAAGCCAGUCUUCCCACUGAACGGUCCGACGGACGGACGGAUACAGACCCUUACAUUUUAAAUGAAAGAUUCAGUAGAAAGAUACCAUAAACUAAGGUAUGUUCGUGUCUUUGGGUAAAAAUACUCAAUUGUGAAAAUGUCAAUAUUAUAAAAAAAUUCUCUCAUAGAGAACGACUGCUUACAUCCUGUACCUUUACUUGUCUUGAAGCUUUGUGCGACCAUUGUAAAUGUUUGUUGAAAAUAACAUGUCUUUCUAUUUUAAGCUGUUGAAUGCGGACAAGUCGCAGCCCCUGCAAAUGGCUCUGUACGUGGAAAUUACACAACAUUCCCAAACAAACUGCAUUUUUACUGCGACGAUGGAUUUAUACUGAGCGGAUCGUUUAUGAGACGUUGUACUGAAACUGGGACAUGGAGUGGUGAACAAACAGUGUGCAUUGGUAAGAAGUAAUAGCAGAACUUAUUACGAGUUGUAGGUUCUUGCUGGUGUAUUUCGUGAUGCUAACAAUGUUGUCUUUCAUCUCCUAUAGCGAGGGACUGUGGCCUCCUUAGAACUCUUCAGAAUGGUUCUAUGUUGGGAACUGAGACCACCUUUCCCAAUGUGGUAACAUUUACUUGUGAUGAAGGGUUUUUGAUGGAUGGUCCGAACAGAAGGAGAUGCCAAAACGAUGGAACUUGGAGUGGAAACGAAACAAUAUGCGCAGGUUUGAGAUUAAAGACUUGGAUUUGAGGUUCUUCUGCACAUGUGUUAGUUUAAUUUUAGUGUACAAUUCCUUUUUGCAGCCAUCGAUUGUGGGCAGUUAAAGAGUCCUACAAAUGGAUCAUUGCAUGGUGAACGUACAGUGUUUCCUGAAAGCUUACGAUUUAGUUGUGAUAUUGGUUUCGUAAUGGGCGGAUCACCUGUUCGACAAUGCCAACCAAACGGAACAUGGAGUGGGACUGAAACCACUUGCAGUGGUAAGAAUUACUUUUCAACAAGUUGAAACGAAUUUAUAGAUAUACAAUGUCAUUUAACAAGGCUCCAAGCUCAUCUCUUCAAAAAAACGUCUGAUGUAAAGUCUGAUAUCAGAAAUUAUUUGCAACAAAGUGAUUGCGAAUGAAUUCAUACUAUUUUGGUCGAUUUCCCAACAGAGAAACAUCUCAUUUUAAGUGAGUUAAACUAUUGGUAUUAAAACCUUCCAUACUGUCAACAACAUGUUAAAUCAGUUGAUAGUUAAACGCCAUGUUUCGUACUGCAAAGUUACCAGUUAGAGCUAAAUGCUGAAAAUAAUACCUCGACAAAAUCAGUUUGACUUGGUCACCGCUCACUUUAGGUUAAUGCGCAUGUGAGAAUUAAGGAACGGCGAGAGAGAAAAGAAGAUAGACAGGAGAUAAUUGCGUAUGUUUGCUUCGUAAGUCGACCCCCCUUCUUUUUCAAUCUGUUUGUCGCAAAUUUAGGCCGCAAAAUUUAUUUUUCACUCGCCAUGGCGACAAAAAAUUGCCGCAGCUCAGAGCGUUGUAAUUUAGAUGGAUUAAGUUUAUCUUUGUGUUUCUUUAAUGCGUUUUCUGGUUGUUUUAUCGUUCAGCGAUUGAUUGCGGUAGACUUCCAACUCCACUAAAUGGCUCAGUGUACGGAGAUAAAACCACGUAUCCUAACAUUUGGUACUUUUCAUGUGACGAGGGGUUCACUCAGCAUGGUUCUACAGAAAGGAGGUGUCAGCCAAAUGGAACUUGGAGUGGGAAGAGUACUUUUUGCCAAGGUAGCUUGCAUUUAUGUGUUAAGCUGAAUUAUGCUUUUUUUCUUUCACUUCUGAUCGAUUAG